AUGGAAUUGGCCAAGUGGGAAGAGGUUGUUGUUUUGUGGAUGUGCGGGAAAUCGUUUGAAUUGGAAGAGAACGAUAGCGGAAUUGGUUUGCCAAAGGAAAGGCCCGAAUGGCAGAUAACAGAUUUGGAGGAUAUUAUUGAAGAGAGAGUUGAUUCCCAAGUUUGUUCGUGGCAAUGAUGUGCUGUAUGACAUACUGAUGAAACAUAUGCAGGUGCAAUUGAUUUUAGCUAUCGGUGUUCCGGAACGGAAGCAGGGCCCUACAUUUGCAUACCUGUGAAAUUGUAAGAAAAUGUUGAUUCAUCAGCUUUUUGCCGACGUACAGGAACGUAAGAAUAAAUUCGAGAAGAAAACUGGUGUGAAUUUAGAUCAUUACUAUAAAUUGCUUGUUACAAAAAAGAGUGGUGAGAAAUGCAAGCUAGAGAUGAUCGAGGCACAUAAUAAGUUGAAAGAAAAGACAGGUAAUUUGGGCUAUGGCAUCUUCGAUAUUUUUGUGUUGGCUUUUGAAUACUUCUUUGUCGUUGAUAUGGACGUAUUGAUAUUGGGUUCCGUCUGUGCAUAGGAACAUGAAUUUGUCACUGUUGUAUUUAUCGAUGUGUGCGAGUUUUUCUUUUAGUUCGUUUAUUUUGUGUUUGGGAUAGUUUGGGUAGAGACUCAUCAUUUGUCAUGCUUUUGUUUCACAACUAAUUCUUAGAUUUUCGUCUAAAAGUUCUUGAAAUGAUUUGUCUUGAUUCUCGUUGGCAAGAUAGUCGGUGACGGCCUCAUCUAGAAUGGCUUUAGUGCUUGUGAACUUUUUCGACGUGUUGAGGUGUAUGUACUCAAAGUCGGCUGGUUUCGUGUAAUAUACGCAAUAGGUUGGCAUAAACUCUUGUGUAUUUUGUUCUCACAUUCAUUUAAAUUUGUCGUUGAGUUCUUGUUCUUGAAUUGCAUGGUAUGUAUUUAGACGACAAUUCUCACAGUAGCGUUGUCUAUAGUGUAGUUUGCCAUUGUGUGCGUCUGUAUGUUCACAGUGUAGACAGUUUUCGUUAAGACAAUUCUUUUUAGUUAGACCCCGCACAAAUUGUUUUUCAAACGGUAGCAUACUUGCAAAAUCAUCAUCAUCAUCAUCGUUGUCCAUUUUUUUUCAGGUACAGGUACAGGUCUUUUUGGUACAAAAUUUAUAAAGAGGGAAAAACCCUCAGGAUGUGAAGGCACUUCAGAAAAGAAAAAAAUCCUGGUCGAUUACUAA